AUGGCUGACAAGGUCGGCGCGCCUGCGCUCGACACCAACAUCGAGUCGGGCAAGUUUGACGAGAAAUCCCGGCAGCAGAUCCCGGCUGAGCACGUCCCUAGUAAGAAGGCUGCCGUCGAGGAGGAGGAUGACGACGAGGACAUUGAUGCCCUGAUCGAGGACCUCGAGUCCCAGGAUGGCCACGAUGCCUUUCAGGAGGAGGAAGAGGAGGGCGCGCCUGGUGGUGGUCGUGUCGUUCCCGAGGAGAUGCUGCAGACGGACAGCCGCGUCGGUCUGACCGAAUCCGAGGUCACUGCACGUCGUCGCAAGUACGGUCUCAACCAGAUGAAGGAGGAGAAGGAGAAUCUGAUUCUCAAGUUCUUUUCCUACUUUAUCGGCCCCAUCCAGUUUGUCAUGGAGGCUGCCGCUGUCCUUGCUGCUGGUCUCGAGGACUGGGUGGAUUUCGGUGUCAUUUGCGCUCUCCUGCUGCUCAACGCGGGUGUUGGUUUCAUUCAGGAGUUCCAGGCCGGUUCCAUCGUCGACGAACUGAAAAAGACCCUGGCUCUCAAGGCUGUUGUUCUCCGUGACGGAACCCUCAAGGAGAUUGAGGCCCCCGAGGUUGUUCCUGGCGAUAUUCUGCAGGUCGAGGAAGGCACCAUCAUCCCCGCCGAUGGUCGCAUCGUCACCGAGGAUGCUUUUCUUCAGGUCGACCAGUCCGCCAUCACUGGCGAGUCGCUGGCCGUCGACAAGCACAAGGGCGACAACUGCUACGCUUCUUCCGCUGUCAAGCGUGGCGAGGCCUUUGUGGUUGUCACCGCCACUGGUGACAACACCUUUGUCGGUCGCGCCGCUGCCCUCGUCUCCCAGUCCGCCGGUGGCACCGGUCACUUUACCGAAGUUCUCAACGGCAUUGGUACCAUUCUGCUGAUUCUCGUCAUCUUCACCCUGUUGGUUGUCUGGAUCUCCUCCUUCUACCGAUCCAACCCCAUUGUCGACAUCCUCAAGUUCACCCUGGCCAUUACCAUUGUCGGUGUCCCCGUCGGUCUCCCCGCCGUCGUCACCACCACCAUGGCUGUCGGUGCUGCCUACCUCGCCAAGAAGCAGGCCAUUGUCCAGAAGUUGUCCGCCAUUGAGUCCCUUGCCGGUGUCGAGAUUCUCUGCUCCGACAAGACGGGCACCCUGACCAAGAACAAGCUCUCCCUCUCCGAGCCCUACACUGUCCAGGGUGUUGACCCCGACGACCUCAUGCUCACCGCCUGCUUGGCUGCGUCCCGCAAGAAGAAGGGUAUCGAUGCCAUUGACAAGGCUUUCCUCAAGGCCCUCAAGUACUACCCCCGCGCCAAGUCUGUCCUGUCCAAGUACAAGGUUCUCGAGUUCCACCCCUUCGACCCCGUUUCCAAAAAGGUCCAGGCCGUUGUCGAGUCCCCCCAGGGCGAGCGCAUCACCUGCGUCAAGGGUGCCCCUCUUUUCGUCCUGAAGACUGUGGAGGAGGACCACCCCAUCCCCGAGGCCGUCGACAAGGCCUACAAGAACUGCGUCGCGGAGUUCGCCACCCGCGGCUUCCGUUCUCUCGGUGUCGCCCGCAAGCGCGGCGAGGGCGCGUGGGAGAUUCUCGGCAUCAUGCCCUGCUCCGACCCUCCUCGUCACGACACUGCCCGCACCAUCCACGAGGCCAAGAACUUGGGUCUGUCCAUCAAGAUGCUGACUGGCGACGCCGUCGGCAUCGCCCGCGAGACUUCCCGCCAGCUCGGUCUCGGCACCAACGUCUACAACGCCGAGCGUCUCGGCCUCGGCGGUGGCGGCGACAUGCCCGGUUCCGAGGUGUACGAUUUCGUCGAGGCCGCCGACGGUUUCGCCGAAGUGUUCCCCCAGCACAAGUACUCGGUCGUCGAGAUCCUGCAGCAGCGUGGCUACCUCGUUGCCAUGACUGGCGACGGCGUCAACGACGCGCCCUCGUUGAAGAAGGCCGAUACCGGCAUUGCCGUCGAGGGUGCCUCGGACGCCGCUCGGUCUGCCGCCGACAUUGUGUUCCUCGCCCCCGGCCUCGGCGCCAUCAUUGACGCCCUCAAGACGUCGCGCCAGAUCUUCCACCGCAUGUACGCCUACGUCGUCUACCGCAUCGCCCUGUCCCUGCACAUGGAGAUUUUCCUGGGUCUCUGGAUCGCCAUCCUCAACCGCGUCCUCAACCUGCAGCUGGUUGUCUUCAUCGCCAUCUUUGCCGACAUUGCCACGCUGGCCAUUGCCUACGACAAUGCACCCUUUUCCCAGACGCCCGUCAAGUGGAACCUGCCCAAGCUCUGGGGCAUGUCGGUCCUCCUCGGCGUCGUGCUGGCGAUUGGCACCUGGAUUGCCCUCACCACCAUGUUUGCCGGCGGCGAGAACGGUGGUAUCGUGCAGAACUUUGGUAAGAUGGACGAGGUUCUCUUCCUGGAGAUUUCCCUCACCGAGAACUGGCUCAUCUUCAUCACGCGCGCCAACGGUCCUUUCUGGUCGUCCAUUCCCUCGUGGCAGCUGUCUGGUGCCAUCCUGGUCGUCGACAUCAUCGCCACCUUUUUCUGCCUGUUUGGCUGGUUCGUCGGUGGCCAGACGUCCAUUGUGGCCGUUGUGCGUAUCUGGAUCUUCUCGUUUGGCGUCUUUGCCAUCAUGGGUGGUCUGUACUACUUUAUGCAGGGCAGCGCCGGUUUCGACAACCUGAUGCACGGCAAGUCGCCCAAGAAGGACCAGAAGCAGCGCUCGCUGGAAGACUUUGUUGUCUCUCUGCAGCGUGUCUCGACGCAGCACGAAAAGUCUUCGUAG